CCAGACCCAGCGUCAGUCGGCGACGUGCUCGUCUAGCAGUGUGUCUGUCGUGUCGUGCCGGUGUACCGCUGUCUACAACCACGUGCUUAACACGCGCUCCUACCCGGUACGGAGAUUUUAACGCGAGGGUUUUGGUAUGCUGUUAUAAUAUCUUCUUACAGACAUUCUAAGUUCUUAACGUUAAAUAUUGCCACUUUAUACGAGAUUUAACAUAUAAUCAAAAAUUCGUGACAGAUUAUCACAUAUAUACCUUAUCAUGAAAAUUACAGAAUAUCUGUGUCUAAUGUGAUAAACAUGACUUAAGAAAGAAGUCAGUGGAAAGUGUGCAAAUUCGUUUUGUGUUCUAAGGAAUAACAAUACUUACAGGUGGUCAUCAUUGGCGCCACCAUGACCAAUCUGAACCGCAUCCGCGUAGUGGUUCUGGGCAGUUCCAAGGUUGGCAAAUCAGCUGUGACAGUACGAUAUUUAACAAAAAGGUACAUCGGAGAAUAUAGCUCAACGACAGACUUCAUGUACCGGCACAACGUCACGUUCGACAGUGUCACCACGGAGGUCGAGAUCCUGGAUACCUGCAAGUGUGCGGCAACGGGGUGCCUGUACGACCACAUUCGCUGGGGAGAGGCGUUCGUAGUAGUGUACAGUAUAUGCGACAUGAACAGCUUCAAUGACGCACACACUCUGCUGGACAAACUGAGCAAACUGAAGCUGCCUUCCUACUACACCACUCUGCUGCUAGGAAACAAGCGAGACCUAGACCACUCAAGGGCAGUCUGUGUGGAUGCUGGUCAAGAGCUGUCCCUCCGCUACUCCUGCCAAUAUUACGAGGUUAGCGCGGCCGAGAGUUUUGCUGGGGUAUCCCUCGCUUUCCAGAGUCUCCUUCGAGAAGCGAGAUCCGUCCAGUUACUCCGGGCGAUGCCUAUUCGCCGCAAGCUUGGAGUAAACUCCGUGUCAAAGGUCCUUGGAACAAUCUUUGGCAAGAACAACAAUAAACGGGAUCGUAAAAAGAGGCCUUCUUUGAGUAUUUAGAGUGUAACAUGUGUUGUUAUGUGGUCAGUCAGCUGUACCCUCAAAGUCGUGAGUUAGCGUACUUUCUGAUGUUCGGGUAAUACUAGGACUUUUUUAAGCGAAUGCUACAUGAACAUUUACUCUAAAGGACUAUGUUUUCACCAUAAUUUUUAUAGAAACCCAACGUUGUGUAUUCAACUGUUCUGUAAAUAGCCUGUAAAUAUAAAUUCAGAACCCAAAUUUUUCUAUGUAAACUUAAACCAUUUAAAUUUAUCUCAUGAUUUUGUUUUGAUGGUAGUGAUAUUUUUUAAUUGAGUAAGUUUUACUGGAACCUUUUUGUAUGUUUUGAUUGUACUACUGAAAUAAUAUGAAUCUUUAAAUAUUUUAAGUUGUACGAGAGACCGUAUAUAUUAACAACAUUAUAUGCUUUUAAAGUUAGCUCAUGUGCACAAAUUGACACGGGGUUCAUCUCUUAAAUUGUUUUCAUUACGUUAUGAUCUCUUAUUAUAAGUUUAAAUUUCAAAGUAGACAUUGUGUGGUGAUUUGUUUAAUUUUUGUUAUUCAAAAAUGAUGUUCCUAUUAUAUGUACUAUACUGUAAAUAAUUAUGAGGUAAAUAAAAGUAUUUGCUUUGUUUC